CGUGCCCUAAUGAAUGGGUUAUGAAAGGUUAAAAGGAUUUAAGUAUAUCAUGAAUGUGAACGUCACGAGAGAAAGGGUCGGUACGGAGCUUGCGAUGGUACUCGUAACGAGCUCAUUUACCCUGUUUGUAAUCCGGACUCGCCUGUCUUCCUUCAGGUGAUGUUGAGUUUCGGUGUAUGUAUGUUCGGUGGGUUAGGCUUGUCAAAACACGAUAAAGGAAUGAAGUUGAUAACAGAUAACACACGCAAUGUCAUAUGACACUUUACCAUAAAUGUCAGCUGUGAGGAGCCCGUUAAUUGUGAUUGGAAUCAUCUGCUCCACAAUAACAUUACUCAAACCUGUAUGUGGAAAUGCCCGAAGGGUACGGUGCCCUUUGGUACCUCUGCAUCCUGGGCUUCUUCAAAGAAUUUAGACCAUCUGAAUCUUUUCUGACACAAUAUCUUGUAGGAAGCUGGAAGAAACUGACCCAAGAAGAGGUUAAUCAAGAGAUUUACCCAAUAGGCACAUAUUCAACACUGGUGCUAUUGAUAGUUGUGUUUCUAAUUACUGAUGUAGUAUGUUAUAAACCUAUCAUAAUUGUUCACAGUCUUGCAGGGGUAGCAUGUUACUGCCUUAUCACAUUUGGCACAUCAAAAGACUUUGUUCAGGCUGCCGAAGUUUUUUAUGGCCUUUUUCUGGCGUCAGAGGUUGCAUAUUCCACUUAUAUGUAUGCAUCUUGUGAAAAGGAUUUAUAUCAGAAAGUAACAAGUUACACACGAAUAGCUCUUCAGACUGGACGUCUCGUAUCUGGCUCAGUUGCACAAUUUCUUAUAAGUUGUAAUGUUUUGGAUUUACAUGAACUCAACUACUUGUCUUUGACAGGUUUAGGAAUCGCAGCAUUAUUUGGUUGUAUGCUGCCUUCAACUAGCAAAAGUUUAUAUUUUCACCGAAUAGGGUCAGAAAAAGUUGACAGUGCUGUAGAAACCCCGUCUAAUAGCAAUUACAGUGCACCUCCCAAUGCGUCUGCCACAGAGGACAUUUUACUAAGUACUGAGUAUUUAGAAGCAGUGAGAUAUAACCCCAAGAAAGAAGAUUAUGUGAUAUCUAACACAGAUAAUGAAGAUUAUGAGCAGCUCUCUGGUUUCCAAAAAAUAUGGAGUGAUUUUCUGCAUGCCUAUUCAAACAUGUAUAUUGUUAAAUGGUCAAUAUGGUGGGCCCUAACUAACUGUGGUUACUUACAGGUCACUGCGUAUAUUCAAAACUUGUGGCAAGAUACAGUAGAAUUAACCAAAGAGCCUUUGUACAAUGGUGCCGCAAGUGCAACUUACACUAUAUUAAGUAUUGUGGCAUCAUGGACUGUGGGUCAAUUACAAUUUGACUUUGAUGGGAAAAAAAGUCAGUGGCUGCUUUCUAUUUGUGCUUCACUUUCAGGAGGCCUGCUCUUACUGUUAGCCUUAUCCAAAUAUCUUCAUUUUCAAUAUAUAGCCUAUGGCAUCUUCAAAAUAUUCUACCAAGUAUCGAUGAUUUUUGCAAAUUCAGAGGUUGCUAAAUCAUUGACCAGAGACUCACAUGGCCUUGUGUUUGGUUUCAAUACAUUUAUUGCUCUUAUUCUGCAGUCUCUCUUAACAGUGACUGUGGCUGGGAAAGGAGGGUUUCAACUUUCAACACGUUUGCAGUUACCUCUGAUUUCUUUUCAGUUUUUGGUUUAUGGUGGCUACUACAUAGCUAUUGGUUGUGGUUUUGGAUUGAUUGCAAUAGCUAAUAGCAUCCAAGGGUGCCACCAAACUAUUCGCAAUGUACCUACAGGGGAAUGACCUUGAACUGGAUUUGGGACGGUGAUUGUUAUUUAGUGCAUUUACCUGAAAAGAAGUCAUAUUCUCCAGAGAUGUCCUCCUUAAUGAAUAGAUGUCAAUCAUUUCUAAAAGACAGAUGGAUGCUGUGGUGAGGUAAAGACAAGUUUGAAGAUCUUCUAGUCAUAGUUCAUGGCUUAGCUCUAUGAGUUGAUGUAUAGUCAGCGUGGCUAAGAUUAAGGAUGACUGAAUUGUUUUAAUCUCAAAUUCCUAUGUAAUCUAUGGUAAAAAUAAUAUUUUUAUAUGAAGUUAAUACCAAAUGUGAAGUGACAAAACUGUCAAUUAUCUUUAAAAUAUAAAAUUUAUAACACA